UCCGCGAACGGGAGGGAGCAGUACGGCAGGGGUUUCGGCAGCUCCUACUCCAGCCCUUACCCGGCUUACGUGAGCCCCGAAAUGGCCACGACUUGGACUUCUUCUCCCUUCGACAGCCCCAUGCUGCACAACCUGCAGAGCCGAGGGACGCCCGCAGCCGCCCGGCACGCCAACUUAGCAGAAUUUUUUGAUGAUUAUUCAGAGGGUCGAGAAUGUGUCAACUGUGGGGCCAUGUCCACCCCGCUCUGGAGGAGAGAUGGCACGGGGCACUACCUCUGCAACGCCUGCGGGCUCUACCACAAGAUGAAUGGCAUCAACCGGCCCUUGUUCAAACCUCAGAGGAGGCUGUCGGCUUCCCGCCGCGUCGGCCUCUCUUGUGCCAACUGCCACACCACGACAACCACGCUCUGGCGCAGAAACGCCGAGGGAGAGCCCGUCUGUAACGCCUGCGGACUCUACAUGAAGCUCCAUGGGGUUCCAAGGCCUUUAGCAAUGAGAAAAGAGGGCAUUCAGACAAGGAAGCGCAAGCCGAAGAACCUUAACAAAACAAAGACGCCUGCAGGUCCAUCCAGCAGCGAGAGUCUUACCCCGACCACCAGCUCCACCAACAGCAGCAGCAGUGCCACGACCACCGAGGAAAUGCGCCCCAUAAAAACAGAACCGGGGCUCUCAUCUCAUUACGGGCACCCCAGCCCAAUUUCUCAGGCAUUCUCAGUCUCUGCCAUGUCCGGACAUGGAUCAUCUAUUCACCCUGCGAUUUCAGCGCUGAAGCUUUCCCCGCAGGCUUACCAGUCAGCUAUCAGCCAGUCUCCACAAGCCACCUCCAAACAGGACUCCUGGAACAGCCUGGUGUUAGCUGAAAACCAUGGGGACAUCAUAACUUCGUGAGCUGGUCUUCCACCCAUGAACUUCAGGCUGACCCACUUGACAGACGAAGAAGACGCCACGUAAUCAUGAAGUCAAUGUUGUCUCCCACCUCCCCUGCCUUCUCUCCCCUUGU